CCCGCACUGACGGCCCAUGGCGCCGCCCGCCGCCCGCCUCGCGCUGCUCUCCGCCGCUGCUCUCAGUCUGGCGGCCCGGCCCGCGCCCGGUACCCGCCCCAGCCCCGAAUGUUUCACAGCCAACGGUGCAGAUUAUAGGGGGACGCAGAGCUGGACAGCAUUGCAAGGUGGGAAGCCAUGUCUCUUCUGGAACGAGACUUUCCAGCAUCCAUACAACACGCUGAAAUACCCCAAUGGGGAAGGAGGUCUGGGUGAGCACAACUAUUGCAGAAAUCCAGAUGGAGACGUGAGCCCUUGGUGCUACGUGGCCGAACAUGAGGAUGGUGUCUACUGGAAGUACUGUGAAAUUCCUGCCUGCCAGAUGCCUGGAAACCUUGGCUGCUACAAGGAUCAUGGAAACCCACCUCCUCUCACGGGCACCAGUAAAACAUCCAACAAGCUCACCAUACAAACCUGUAUCAGCUUUUGUCGGAGUCAGAGAUUCAAGUUUGCUGGGAUGGAGUCAGGCUACGCAUGCUUCUGUGGGAACAAUCCUGACUACUGGAAGCACGGGGAGGCUGCCAGCACCGAGUGCAAUAGUGUCUGCUUCGGGGACCACACGCAGCCCUGCGGUGGGGACGGCAGGAUUAUCCUUUUUGACACUCUCGUGGGCGCCUGCGGUGGGAACUACACAGCCAUGGCAGCCGUGGUCUACUCCCCUGACUUCCCUGACACCUAUGCCACUGGGCGGGUCUGCUACUGGACCAUCCGGGUUCCAGGAGCCUCUCGAAUCCAUUUCAACUUCACCCUGUUUGACAUCAGGGACUCUGCAGACAUGGUGGAGCUGCUGGACGGCUACACCCACCGUGUCCUGGUCCGCUUCAAUGGACGGAACCGCCCACCUUUGUCCUUUAAUGUCUCCCUGGAUUUUGUCAUUUUGUAUUUCUUCUCUGAUCGCAUCAAUCAGGCCCAGGGAUUUGCUGUCUUGUACCAAGCCACCAAGGAAGAACUGCCACAGGAGACGCCUGCUAUCAACCAGACCCUGGCAGAGGUGAUCACCGAGCAAGCCAACCUCAGUGUUAGCGCUGCCCACUCUUCCAAAGUUCUCUAUGUCAUCACCUCCAGUCCCAGCCGCCCGCCGCAGACCGCCCCAGGUAGCCAUUCCUGGGCACCAUCAGUUGGGGCCAGCGGCCACAGAGUGGAAGGAUGGACCGUUUACGGCCUGGCGACCCUCCUCAUCCUCACGGUCACAGCCGUUGUAGCGAAGAUCCUUCUGCACGUCACAUUUAAAUCUCAUCGUGUUCCUGCUUCAGGAGACCUUAGGGACUGUCGUCAGUCUGGGACUUCUGGGGAAAUCUGGACCAUUUUCUAUGAACCUUCCACUACAAUCUCCAUCUUUAAGAAGAAGCUCAAGGGUCAGAGUCAACAAGAUGACCGUAAUCCCCUUGUGAGUGACUGAAGCCCGGCCACACCUGGAUGGGAGACUCCACUCUAAGCUCAGGCUUGCUGGGGCCCUUUCCUCUGAGAACUCCCCUGCCCCUCCACUCACCUCCAUCUCUUUGGGGCGCCCUGCUGCAGAGGCAGUACAGCCUGGAGCCCUCCAUCACCUACAGCCUGGCUGCCCUGCAACUGUCUCCACUGGGGAUGUUAAGACCAGGCUGGGCUGAGAGGACACAGCUGGGCCUCAUUCUAGAAGACUCGUGGUGGUGGGUAGGUGUAGUGUAUGAUGAGUUUUCUUGCUUCUUCUCUAUUCUGUCCACAUACAACUUAGUUUCCCCUGAUCUUUACAGUUUGGAACAGAGCCAGAUGGAAAGAAUUCUCAGGUUUUCUUAAAGGUUGGCCUGGUUCCCCACCAAGUGUGUUCUCAGGGGCAUUAGCACCCCAGAGGCCCGGUCUAGCCUUGGAGCUUUCUCUGGUGCUAAGAUGUGUCAUCUAGUCUGAGGGGACUGAGAACAGGGCCACAGGAGAUGUUUUCUUUCUAAAGGGUUCUUUUCAAUACCCACUGACCUAUGGGGCAAGCCUGAGGAUUGGUCCAUCUGUUUGUCCAUGGAACAGGCACAGUGAACUUCUUGUAUACUAGACUUAACUCACCAGGCCCUCAAGUAGUUCCCAAUCCUGUGGAAUCUGAAUUCAGCCUGUCUUUCUGUCCUCAGCCAAAUCUUACUUCAAAAUCAGGAGUUUAAAGACAGGCUGUAGCAUGGAGCUGGGGCAGUAGCUCAGUGGUAGAGAGCUUGCCUUGCGUACAUCAGGCCCUAGGUUCUAUCCCAGGACUUCCAGAAAGGGGGCGGAGAAAGAGCAUGCGGGCAGCAUCUGUGGUUCCUACAUGAGGCGUCUAUUAUUUUAAAAGAAGAUCAAAACUACCGAGAGCUUUGUCCUUUGUCCCUUAUCAUGGGCACAGAAUAGUUAGGAGUAAGGGCUCUUGUCUUGCCACAUUGUCCCUUAGACAGGGAGGCAGAUGACAGCAGUUGGCAGGAAAAGGCCAGGCUUGGGAACUGGAGAUCCCCCCAGGAGAGGCUGAAAGACUGAGAGCCCCAGCUGCAGCUCUGAGAGGAACUUCCCUGAUUGAGAAGGCCUUCAGUCUGGAGUGGCCUUUGUCAGCAGCAGCCGAGAGGAACAGCCUGUGCCCUAAAAGUGGACCUUGGUCACUGUCCUGCCAGCCCUUGAGCCUCUGCUCUCCUGGAACCCCAUGCUCACCUCCCCUGAGUCUCAGCCACUGCCACUGAGGCCUUUCGUAGGGUUUGAGCAUCUCAUCUGCAGCUGCUGCCCCCCAGGACUAUAUGGGACCAUCUGGGAAUCAUCCUCAAGGAGAGGCAGCACGAGUACAGGCAAGGCAGUGACCAGAGUUGAUGGGUAGAGAGGCAACUGGAGGAGGAACACUCUAUCUCUACAGUGGGCUGGGGUGCUGGCCCAGCUCUUAUGAGAGGCCUGCAGGAGUACAGAGCUACUGGGGGUCAUCUUCUCACUUUGAUCUGGGAAAGGCUACAGGCUCCUGGGUGUGAAGACAGGCCCACCACAUACGAAGAGCACUGGAAAUAGACUGACAGGAGCAGGUUCCACUCCAGGCUGUCCAUACCAUUUGCAGGCUCUCCCCUGAGAACAAGAGUGCCAUGUGCAUAGUACAUAGAGGAUGUGGGUUCUUUCCCCGGGAAGGCUUGCUGGCCAGGACAUUUGUUCAGCUCAUAUCGCUGGCUCCUGGCUUCCUCUCGGACACCGCUCACCUGCUUCUUCAUAUCUGAGACACAGGAAGCCAAGCCCCAGUGUGGUGGCAGCUGCAGCUCAGCAGCCCUGUAUUGGUGUCCCCAGGAAGGGCAAUGGAUGUGCCCACGCUCUUCUUGCUGCUGGCCUGGCCCAGCCCAGCCCUGCAGGAUCCACUUCCUCUUGGAGGCUGGGGGGCACCCAAGGAAAAUCAGCCCACAUCCAACAACAGCAGGGGACAGUGGGAAGGGCUGUAAAUCAUCCAGGCCAGACUUCAGAAAUGAUAGUCACAGUCUGUUAGAACCUGUAGACAGCCAGUCACAGAGGGCCUUUGUGCUGGUAAACACCCGCCUGGAGCCAGGCGCAGAGGUAAACCUGAGGGAGAAGAGCAGCUCAGAAGAGACUGCUUGACCCUCAGAGACAUAGCUGGAGGCAUAGGUGCUCUGUGCUCUUCCCUUCCUGUCUCACUGCUUACAAAGCAGAGACAGAGUGGGAAAGAAGCCUGUGUCCUCUCCCACAUCGGCAAGGAUGGGGCUGAGGCCACCUAAAGUGAGCAAGGAGCCCAGACCUUCAAAAUGUGGGCUCUGGCUUCAGACUCCUCAGCCAAAAGCUCUCGAAGAUCAAAGCUCUGGCGGGUACAGCUGUCCUGGCCUCGGGGCCAGCCCAUGGGAUGUGCCUGGGCCAGGUGCCACCCCAUGCCUCACUGUCAUCCCAGCGGGACCCCACCUGAUGCUCCUCCUCAGCCUGUUGCCAAGGACAGUCCACACUUGACCUUCAGAGCACUUAGAAGUGGAUGGCCUCCCAGACUCUGUCAGCCUCUCUGCUGGGCCACACAGGUCUCCCAGGCCAGCUCCUCACUCCACAAGCUGCCAUGGUUACCUGGCUCUGUGUCUGGAAUCUCCUGCUUGGUGUUUGAGGUCUGCUUUGCGUACUACCCUGGGAACUGUUAACCUCCGAUUGGUCCCUUUGUGUCUUUGUUUACUGUCCUCUUCUACCUCCAGGCUACUCUCAACCUAGCUGCUCUGGCUGAGGGUGGGGGGACCUGCCAGCUGCACCCCACCCUGGUCUGCCAACAGAACCUGGAGACCUCACACAGGCUCCUGUCUUGCCAAGCUGGAGCUGAGCACACUGGCCGAGGCUGAGUGGGGCAGGGCGGACAAGUGGGAGGACAGUCUCUCAUGUCAGAGGGUGUGUCCGAAGGAAUACACAGAGGAAUCCUUUCUAGCCAGCACAGGGAGCUGCCAUCCUGCCACCUUCAUGGCACCAAGACCUUCCCGUUUCCAAUCUCACCCUCCAGCAGGGAUAUGAUUUUGGAUGACAAGGCUUUAUUUGUAAAUACGCUUUUAAUAUGCAACUUUGAGAAUAAAAUAGAAACAUCAUGUAUUUUAAAAUAUAAAAUGAAGUGUGACACUGUAUACAAUUUAAUAUAUAUUUUUAGGAUUUUGUUAUUUAAGAAAAUGGAAUGUGAUGGUACUUUUACAAAAGAGAGAAAAAUAUUAUUUUUACUGUUUGAAGAAAAUAAAUAUUCUCAUUGUUGUAGAAA